AUGGCGAUGCACCUCCUCCUGCAUACUCUUCUCUGGCCUUUUAUGAUCCAGAGAGUCGAUGCAUAUACGCCGCUCUCCAAUGACACUCUGCAAAGGAUCCCAUCCGUCGGCACCGACUUCGAUGUUCACACCGGCUCCAUCCUCUCGCCCAUCUUGAUUCCUCGCGUCUCUGGCACCGAGGGCUCAACCAAGGUACAACGCCACUUCGUUGACUGGUUCACGACACAACUGCCGCACUGGCAGCUUACCUUCCAAAACUCAACUUCGACCACGCCCGCUACUGGGACGCGCCAGGUGCCUUUUGUCAACCUCAUCUUGACUCGCGAUCCGCCUUGGACUACGCCAGGCGACGUGGGCCACCUCACUCUCGCCGCACAUUUUGAUUCCAAGUAUGACCCUCCCGGAUUCAUCGGCGCCACCGAUAGUGCUGCGCCGUGUGCUAUGGUAAUGCACGCCGCGCGCAGUCUUGAUGCCGCCCUUACCCGCAAGUGGACAGCUAUGGAAUCAGAUCAGCAUAAAGGUAUCGCUGGCAGCUCGGGUAUCCAGAUUAUCCUCUUUGACGGUGAGGAAGCUUUCCAAAGCUGGUCUGCCACCGACUCACUCUACGGCUCGAGAUCGCUCGCAGAAGCCUGGGAAGCUACUCCCCACGCUGCCAUGUCCAUGUAUCACAACAAGCUUUCUUCAAUUGACCUCCUAGUCCUUCUCGAUCUGCUUGGUGCCGCAAACACUGUUAUCCCCUCCUAUUUCGAGACGACGCACUGGGCCUACAAGAACCUCGCCAGCAUCGAGACUCGCAUGCGCUCCCUCGGCUUACUGAAGACUGUAGUCACAAGUCCAAUACUCCCCGACAGCGAAAAGUCCAAGUUUAACAGUGAGCUCACGAUUCAGGAUGAUCAUAUCCCCUUAAUGAAGCGUGGAGUAGAAGUACUACACCUCAUUCCUGCCAGGUUCCCCAAGGUCUGGCACACCAUGGCCGAUAAUGCCGAUGUGUUAGAUCUACCUACAAUGGAUGAUUGGGCAAAAAUGAUAACGGCCUUCGCUGGAGAGUGGAUGGAUCUAGAGGGGUACUUUUCGGAACCCGCUCAGCCACGAAUACAGAAAAGUGAGCUCGCUGCUAUUUACCACCUUUGGACCAUUCAGGAUGAUUCAGUUUGGUUAGAACCUAGCAAGAGCUAUUAA